AUGAAGACAUAUUUCGUAAAUGAUAAUCUCGUAUGGGAGCAAGCGAGCGAAUGUACAGCAGGCGUGAAUGAAAUUUUUGAUGUCAGCCACAAGUAUUUAAAGGCUCUACCAGAUAAAGGAUAUAGAAUAAUCAAGAACGCCAUACUCAAACGCAUUUUCCACAUGGACCAAGAGGAUCUAGAGUUACACAUGGCUUGGAGCAAGAAUUUAGCACCUGCAACCUCUACUCGUCACGAGGUUAGCCACCAGACAAAGGAACGCGCUGAGGACGGUAGCAGCGAAGCUGUAAUUAGCCGCUUCCAGGAGUUGCUUGCUAGCACCUACAACAAAUUAAUCCAACAAAAGACUCAGUUGACGGAUACGUGGCCGUCAGCUAUGUUUGAGAUGCACACUCACGUAAUGACAUUCGGGCUACUUUGGCCAACUACCAUCAACGGCAUAGUGGCCGUAGUGAGGGCAAUCUCCAGUCCCAAUGAGAGCAAUUGCCGUGCCCUCACUCACCAAGCAGCUAUAAUAGCAAACGAUUCAUGGUUCCGCCGCGUGUGGACAUUACAGGAAGGUCUACUUAGCAAUAGCCUGUUGGCCUGUGAUUCCACAGGAGAUACUUGUCCAUUCGAGAUAAUAGAAAUUCUCAAAAUCUUACAUAACAAAAAGCUGGAUGCGUACAUUACUCGCGACCUGCUCGGAGAUGUCACAUUCACUAGUGGCACAGAUGGGGCAGUCAGCUCGGAGAGAGUUACCCGAUGGCAGCGUGAUACACACAAGCCUUAUCUCAAAAGGUUUGGGGAGUUUCUUGAUAUGAUGAGAGGACGAGAGUGUCUGAAGCAACAGGACAAACUGUUUGGCAUAUGCGCUAUAGUGGCGGGAGGCACUAAUGUGAUACCUAGAUAUGAUUGCUCCCUAGAUGAACUGAUUUGCAAGUAUGCCUCCGAUCUGCGCUUGAGAGAGGGUGUGUUGGGCAUUCCGGGACCUCGAAGCAGCCACCUCGGUAAGUGCCGGUGUCCGCAGGAUAUCAUCGAUUCACCAUUCCCCGUCGCCGAUAAGGGCAGGAGGGUGCGAGUAACAGAGAAGGGAGCCGUUGUAGACUGCCGACUUGUGGAUGUCUUGGUAAAGCAGAAUUGUGUCUUUGACGCAAAUGAACUGCUAAUAGCAGUUUCCCAUAACUGCAAGGACGGUGAUUAUCUGCUAUCUUGGCCUAAUGAUUUUGGCAUAAGUGCCUUGCACUUGCUAGAACACUCUGGUGAUGCAUACCACUUGUGCGACGCAGCCACCUGGUGCGAGGAGGGAUUUGAUAUACACUACGAAACUGCCCCGCUCCAGACUAUCACUAUAGGUUACACUCUGCAGCCAGUGUCUCAGCAAAUGGAUAAGCACGACGAUAUGAUGCAAACUACUGAACUGUCAAUCUCAUCUGACAGCUAG